AUGUGGCUACAAGGCAUAGCCAUCAUCAUUCCUCGACUGCAAGACGAAUUUCGAUUGUCGGACUCCAUCGUAGGCCUGGCAUCGAGCUGCAUGUUCUCGGGCAUGAUGAUAGGUGCUACCGGCUGGGGCGCCUUUUCAGACUCGUACGGCAGAAGACCAGCAUUCAACCUCACACUGCUCUUAUCGACAGUCUUUGGACUCUUGGCUUCGGUCGCGCCUUCCUUCCCACUCCUCUGCAGCUCGCUCUUCGUCCUUGGUACAGGCGUGGGAGGAAGUAUGCCCACCGAUGGCACCCUCUUUCUAGAGAAUCUGCCCCGGGACAAGAGGUACCUCCUCACAGCUCUCAGCGUCUUUUUUGCAGCUGGUAGCGUCGCCGCCGCUCUACUAGGUUUGCUCAUCUUGCCUUCCGGUAGCUGUCCAGACCGCGACACGUGCUCGUCACAUCAGAAUCGAGGCUGGAGGUAUCUACUAGCCAGCCUUGGCAGUCUCGUGAGUCUAGCCUCGACUAGAGAUCGCAAGCCGCAGGCUAAACCGCUGACCCACCGAUCUUUGCUCAUGAACUUCGUAGACGGGUCUCUUUCUCAUCUCCCGUUUACUCUUUUUCAAGCUUUGGGAGUCUCCAAAGUACCUAGUAUCGACGGGCAGGCCCUACGAAGCCCGCGUGAUCCUUCAGCGUAUAGCAGCAUACAAUGGCAACCCCCUGAGUCUCAGCGUCAACGAUCUCAGGAACAAUGACGCGAGCGCAGAAUUGCCAGAGCUGGAUGAGGAUGGUCCGUCUAGCUCGACACGCAUCGGAUACGAGCAUGAUCUGCAGGAUGACAGCGACGGGACGGCGCAGACGCAAGAUUGGGGGGUAUCCAGCAUUGUGGAUGGAGCGAACGAGCUUUUUGGAUUUUCGAAGCCUGCCGGCAAGGAGUAUACGCCGCUAUCCACGCAGGAUGUCACGUCCGCAAGCGAAUCUGGGCGGUCCCGUCGUGAUGGAUCGACAGAUGGACCGCGCAACUCGCAGACGAACAUACCACAAACUGUCCGCUCGAGCUUCAGAGCUUCUGAUCGAUCUGCUGCUACUGUCACGCAAAGUGCAGGAAGAGCGAGCGGGCUGCUGUACGCUAUCUUACCAGCGCGAAUGGCAAAACCGGCAGAACCGGUUCUGGCGAAGUACGACGAGCUGCUCAAGCCUUAUUGGCUACGCACUACGGUACUGGUUUGGUCCAUCUGGGCUCUGUUCAGUCUCGCUUUCACUUCAUUCAACGUGAGUCUGCGCUUGUCCUGCAGUCUUCGCCAACAAGUGCGACUGACUGGUCGUGUCUCACCUUUCUUUUCCUACUGUCCUUGCACCGGGAUCCGAUUCUUGGGCCCAAAUACCCAGGUGUACCUGUCAAAAUUCUUAGAAGUAAGAUUGGGCGCUUCGAAUAGGAUCCAGGUCAUGGAGGACAUCUUGCUCUAUUCCGCAGCUAGCUUGCCGGGCGCCAUCAUGGGAGCCUAUCUGAUCGAGACUUCGCUAGGUCGGAUACGGACUGUGAGUGAAGGGGCAAGACUCUUGGUGGUCUGCAAAGCUUUCACAGCGCGUACGAAGUUUUACACCGACGACUGACCAUCCCCCUGGUCAACGUCGGUUUCCCGUUUGCGCGCCGCUAGAUGGCGCUGUCGACCGCACUCGUGGCUAUUGCUCUGCUCAUCUUCAUCCAAGCCACGGAACGCUUCACCAUCGUCUUGAGCUCAUGCAGCAUUUCCUUGGCUGCUUCCGUAUCAUACGCAGCCAUUUACGCUUACCCGCCAGAAGUGAGUAGCCAUGACGUGGGGUCGACCCAAAGCGCAGUUCAAAGAAAGCAGCCAGAAAGCGCGCUCAUUCAUAACUUUGUGUAUUACAGGCCUUCCCGACUCACCUCCGAGCCACAGCUUCCGGCACAGCAUCCGCCCUGUCUCGUCUGAGCGGCAUCUUGGCUCCAGUAGCCGCAGGAGCCCUCUUAUCGCUCAGCGAGCAACUCCCUUUUCUCCUCGCCGUCGCGAUCUUCAUCAUUUGCUCCAUUCUCAUGCUGUCGCUUCCGUAUGAAACAAGGGACAGAGACGCGGACGCGGCUUACGGAGAGGAUGGGCAAGGCAGUCAAUGA